GAGAGAGAUUGAUGGCGUCGUUCUUGGUAAAACAACCGUCGGUUCUCUUCUCCAGGAGUCCGGACUACAACUUUUUACCGUUUUUUGUCUCUACUAACACCGACGUGGAUGACGAAUCCUGUUUGUUAUACAUUAACUCUUCCAUAAAUGCAUCUAACAAAUCUCAACGACCGACCCGGUUGGUCACUCUGUAAGUCCCAACAAGAACAACACAACGCAAGUCCGUCUAUCUACCUUCUUCUUCUUCUUCUUCUUCUUCUUCUUCUUCUUCUCCUUCUUCUUUUAAUUUCUGGGUCCAACAUGGGCUACCUGGGUCUCUAUCUCCUCCAGCUUCUUCUCUUCGUUUCGUUCUUUGGGGCUUACAGAGCUGACUUGCAGGACUCUGUGAUUGAUAUCUCCUGCGCUUUAGUAAACUGUGGAGAAGGAGUUUGCAAGGCUUCGAAUGGUACCUUACUUGGUUUCGACUGUGAGUGUAAUCCUGGAUGGAAGAAGCUCCAGAUUGGACCCAUGUCCUUUCCUUCCUGCAUCAUCCCCAACUGUACAAUUGACUUUACAUGUGACAGCAGCCGCCCAUCUCCUCCGCCACCACCACCUUCUUCUCCUACAUCUGUGUGGGAACCACAUAUCUUGGACCCUUGCGCCUUGAUUUGGUGUGGUGAUGGGAGCUGUAUAACAAAUGGAACUGGGCACAUGUGCAUUUGCAAUGAAGGAUCAGCUAACUUGUUGAAUAUGACAGCCUUAGCCUGUUUCAAACAAUGCUAUUUUGGAGCAGAUUGUUCCUCCCUUGGGCUACGCCUUGGCAGUCCACCUCCAAGUCCCAGUUCUAAUGAUUUGUCGACAAAUGGUAUAAGCCCCAGUUCGAAUGUUUCCGUGAAAAAUGGAUCAAGUGAAGUGUCAAUCUGCUCAAGGAAUCAGCAAGGACUACUACUAUUAUUAUCAGCUAUACUUCUGUGGAUUUAGAGAGGAGCUUUGGAAGAGAGCCAUUUUUGCAUUCAUUACUUGUUACGGAAGAAAGUUCAUACAUGUUUCAUUUGUAAUGGAUAUAAUCAAUAUUAAUUUUCAAUCUUUAAUUAUAUCUUAUUGAUUA